AUGUCACGAGCCUGGUAUCUACCAGGAGUUGUUCCGAAACUUUGGGGAUCCUUUGUUUCCUCUGGUGGGAAGCGUCAAGUCCAAGUGUGGAAGACACCAUGUGCCGUAACCAAAGCUGGAAAGGAAGCCAGCAAUCCCAUGGCCUGUACUGCGCUCAUCAAUCCAGCCAAUCCACAACUCUCGGGAGUGUCCAAAUUUCCAUACUUUCCUCGCGGUGGGCCCGUCCCCAAAGAGUACCCCAAAAAGGACAGCCACCACAUCAUGGGAUACGUUACUCAAUGGGGUGGCAUGGAAGUUGGUGAUGGCAUGUUGUUUGCGGCCAAUGUCGUAGAUGGCAUGGUACACCAGUUGGGUGGGUGGAGGUUGGCCGUGGAAUGUCGGCUCUUGCCCAUUGUCGGCAGCAACCCGGAUACCAACGAGGAAGAACGGUGUCCAGUGGGACAGGCCAUUGUUACAGGUCCUGGUGGGGCUGACCUACAAAAGCACUUUGAUUAUGUUGUGCAUACAGUACCGCCAUUCUACCGACAUCAUCCAGAGCCUGAACAGCAUUUGAUGCAGUGCUACAGGAAUUCGCUGAGACUGGCGUUUGAAAGGGCAUCCAAAGUGGCAUGCCCGUUGCUAGGUGCAGGAGCGAGAGGAUUUCCAUUGGAUUUAGCGCUUGAGAUCGCUGGUCAAGCCAGCCUUGAAUGGAGAGAUCACUCCUCAGAUCACAAAGAAAAACAGUCAUUGUCAUUUGCAAUUCCCGAUCCGGAGAUUGCAGAUCAGCUUUGCAAGGCAAUAGAAGAUGCUAGCGACGAUCAAUCUCGUAGAUUACUUGACAAUCAAUAG